UCUGACCCGUUCCCACCCGAACCGGUGGUCCCAACUCCCCAAGCAGUUUCUCCCGUCAACUACCCGGGCGGGAGCCGUGUUACUCCUGUAUGUGAGACAGCCGAGGUUGAGUUGGCUUCGUUUGAUUGCUAUAAUCUCACCCAACAAAUCUCCUCGAUGCGCCAAGUCGACAAAGGGGGAUACUCCCUUGUUUACCGAGGUACACGGGUGCCCAAAUCUCUGGACAGCCGGACUCGGACCAACUCCCAGUUCGCUGUCGAUCCUGAAUACAUCCAGGAAGUUGCCGUGAAAGUACUCCAUGCGGUGUCAAAUCCUGAGGCCAAACAGUGGAAGGUGGGUAGGUUUGUGUAAGAACGGUACUGCCAAAAUGACGCUUAAACUUCAGCGCCUGAAAAGAGAGAUACGAGUGUGGUCAUGUCUGAGCCACCCCAACCUAGUUCCGCUCCUCGGCUAUGUAGAUGGUGACAAUGGCCUUGGUUUCGUUUCUCCAUGGUAUCCAGAAGGGAACGUUAUCAACUUCAUUAAGAAACAUCCUAGUUCAAGUAGAGACCUAAUCUGUAUCGACGUAGCUGCGGGACUAGAAUAUCUUCAUUCACGGAACCCACCGAUUGUACAUGGUGAUAUCAAGGGACAAAAUAUUCUGAUCGCUUCGGAUGGACGUGCUUCGAUCUGUGAUUUCGGCCUAUCGAGGAUCUUGGACGAUAAUCCCACUGGAUUUACAUCUACUGUGGUUGGAAUGACCCUUCGCUUCUCAGCGCCCGAAUUGCUGGAUGGGGGUGAGAAGACAAUGGAAACUGAUGUUUAUGCUUAUGGGUGCACUUGCAUUGAGAUAUUGCUAGGGAAACCACCGUAUGAAGAUAUCCGCAGCGACAUGGCCCUGAUGAAGGCGGUUGCAAGUGGCACGCCCCCUAUCUCUCAUGAACAGCUCAAGGAGUGUAAUUCAUGCCUCCCGCUUCAUAUUUUAAAUCAAUGUUGGAGUAGUGGACCACGCGAGCGACCAGGGACUGAGGAGUUGGCAAAGACGUUUAGGGAUGCGUUUGGCUUGUGAGAUAUGCGAGGAGGGGGCUGUUAAAUCGAUUGCUUGCUAAAGAAGGAGAGCACUUCGAAAUACCAAUAUCGGACCAUUUUCCCCACGGGCUUAAUGUAAUGGACAUAUGCAGUCACUUUGGUAUUAAUAUAUUAAGUAGUCCUUUUUUGUCUUAAUUUACCUGCCAACCCAACACGUU